CAUAAGAGUACACAUAUGGGAGAGAAUCCUUAUAAAUAUAAUAUAUGUGGGAGAGCUUUUAACCAGUUCUCCAAUAUUGAUGAUCAUCAGAGAAUUCACAUGGGAAAAAAAUCAUACAGAAGCGAUAAACCUGGGAGCAUGUUUACAUCAGGACUAAAUAUACAUAAGAUAAUAGGUACUAGAGAGAAAAGGUACAUUUGUAAGAAAUGUGGCAAAACCUUUGACUGGCACUCAAGACUAUCUCAACAUCAGCGAAUGCAUACUAGAGUGAAACCUUAUAAAUGUGAAGAAUGUGGUAAAACCUUUAAGUAUGGCUCAUCACUAUAUGGACAUAGGAGAAUCCAUACUGGAGAGAAACUUCACAUAUGCAAAGAAUGUGGGAAAGCCUUUAACUGGGCCUCAAGGCUUCAUCAUCAUCACAGAAUUCAUACUGAAGAAAAACUUCACAAACGUAAAGAAUGUAGCAAGGCCUUUAACCAGCUCACAAGCCUCAUUAGACAUCAUAGAAUUCAUUCUGGAGAAAAACCUUAUGAAUGUAAAGAAUGUGGUAAAGCCUUCAACCAGCAGUCAAUGCUUACUCGACAUCACAGAAUUCAUGCUAGACAGAAAUUUUAUAAGGCUACUAGAUGUGUGGGCAAAGAAUUACCACCAAAAGACUACAUUAAUAAUGGAGAAUUACUGCAAACGUUGACUUUUGAAAGAGACCUAAGUCAUGACUUUGAUGACUUUGAUUUGAAGAAAGACCAGCAAGAUGUGAACAAACUUGAGACUCCGUGGAUUUAUGAAGAAAAAUAUUAUGAAGGAAUAACUACAUCCCAUUAUAAAAAUCUCACCUGUAGAGAAGACCAACAACAUCCUAAAUUCUGGAAUAAUUUCCCUGUAAAGCACAGUGUUUCCAUAAGAAGAAGUACAUCUCCAUAUUAUAAACAUGAUAUGACAAACAAGGAACUAAACUACAUGGUAGGCCAUUCAGGAAACAAGUAUAUGAACUGCUUGGGCAAUAAGCUUGGAGUAAGCUUUCAUUCACAUCUGGCUGAACUGCAGAGAUUUCAAACCCAAGAGGAAAUUUUUCAAAGUAAUCAAAUUGAGAAGUCUACCAAAACGUCCUCAGUUUCACCACCUCAAAGAAUUGCUUCUAGUGUCACAACCAACAUUGUUAAUAAAUAUGGGAAGGUUCUUAUGCAUCCUUCAUUACUGACACAAUAUGAGAAGACCCCCAGUAGAGAAAAACCUUACAAAUGCAAUGAGUGUGGGAAGGCUUUUAGCCAUUGUUCGACCUUAGCUAAUCAUCAAAGAAUUCAUUCUGAGCAAAGACCUUACAAAUGUAACGAGUGUGGCAAAGCCUUUAACAGGUUCUCGAACCUCACAAGGCAUCAGAGAAUUCAUACUGGAGAGAAACCAUAUAAAUGUAAUGUAUGUGGUAAGCAUUUUAUGAUACGUUCCCACCUUUGGGGCCAUGAACGAAUUCAUGGAGAGAAGCCUUACAAAUGCAAUGUGUGUGGCAAAGCCUUUUCUGAGUGUUCAAAUCUUGCUCAACAUAAGAGAAUCCAUUCUGGAGAAAAACCUUACAAAUGUAAUCAGUGUGGUAAGGAUUUUACCACCUGUUCACACCUUUGGAAUCAUGAGAGAAUUCAUACUGGAGAGAAACCUUACAAAUGUAAUGAGUGUGGAAAGGCCUUCACUGGGAGUUCAAACCUUACACAGCAUAAGAGAAUUCAUGCUGGAGAGAAACCGUACAAAUGUAAUGUAUGUGGCAAGGCCUUUAGUCAGAAUUCAAGCCUUACAGUUCACCAAAGAAUUCAUACUGGAGAGAAACCUUACAAAUGUCAUGAAUGUGGCAAAUCCUUUAAGCAGUAUUCAAGCCUCAGUAGACAUCAGAAUAUACAUACAGUGAAGGUAUAGAAGGUGUGUUAAGACUUUUAUUAAAUGUUCUCACCUUUGGAGUCAUAGGGGAAUGAAUACUGUGAAGAAACUUUACAAAAGAAUGUAGCACGGCCCUCAUGCCAUGACUUGAUCUCAGGAUUCACAAGAUUUCAUGUUGGAAAAAACCCUACAAAUAUAAUUAGGUGGUACAUUGCUUAAGCAGGUUCUACAAUGUACUGUGCAUUAGAGAAUUCCUAAUAGUGAGAACUUAGUCUAGUUCUUGAAGGUUAAUCAAAUCAAAUGUUACACUCUGCAGGUAAAUUAAAAGUCAAAAUGCUUUAAAAUUCAUGAGAUGAUGGGUGUCAAAGGAGCAGGGACAUCUGUGGAAACCCCUUAAGUUUAUACAAUCUUUUUAUUCUUUUGGAUUUCUUUUUUUUUGUUUUUAAAAAUAUUUAUUAUUUAUUUUUGAGAGCUACAGAAUGGGGUUGGGGGCAGAGAGAGAGGGAGACACAGAAUCUGAGGUAGACUCUAGGCUCUAAGCUGUCAGCACAGAGCCCGAUGUGAGGCUCAAACUCACGAACUGUGAGAUUGUGACCUCAGCAGGAUACUCAACUGACUGAGCCACCCAGGCGCCCCUGUUCUUUUAGAUUUCUUAAUGAGGUUACUUUAUUACUGACUUUGAACCUGUGGUUGAAAAUAUAUUAUUGACAUUAUGUCUUCAUCACAGACGUUUCACAUAUUGCCCUAACAGUGCCCGUGAUGGAACCUUUUGUUUUGGUCCUAAUGUAAAUGGGUUUUGUUUUUAAUUUUCAAUUCACAUGUUCAUUUCUGGUAUCUCCGAAGGCAGUUAACUUUUGUACCUUAACCUUGUAGCCUGCAGCCUUGGUGUAAAUGGUAUUUUAUCUACCAUACUUUGGGACAUUGUAUGAAAUAGUUCAAUGCUUUGGUGACAGGUGCCACUCUGUUUUCUUCCCAGUAUAAAAGAACUCUCUGUUAUCAUACUA